UGUCGUAUGCAGAUAGUUUCACAAAACAGUCAUAUCAUCACUGUGUGCGGGAAUACGUAAAGAAGUACACCAAGACGUCAGCGACAAUGUGUGAACACAUAUGCCGACGUGAGAAGGGAUUCACCUGUGGAGCAUUCCACUACUACAAAGGAAACUGUUACACAAUGAAGUGGGGCCUGAGGUCGCUUGAGAAGACCUGGGAACACAAGACACAAGCUUGUGAACAGUACACACGGGACUGUAAUCCCAACUGUGAGAUGGGAUACAGCCUCAUACCGGACAAGAACAGAUGCGUCCUGGAUUGCAAGGUGUACAGUAACAAAUUCCAAAAACAGUCUGACUUUGUCUGUGUCAGCAAAUACCACAAGAAGUUAAAGGAUAUUAGUAGAAGAGAGUUGUGAAUGGGCAUGCCUUCAGACUAAGGACAAGUGUGAUUGGAUAUGAAAUAUACCAAAAUCUUUGUUAUAUUGUAACAGAAGACAAAGGUUCGCAAGCAGAAUGGAAAAGUGUAUGAUAAAGGAUGUACUCACCAUCAGAGAAUCUGCAAAACUAGUUACCUGCACAGGUAAACCUUCAAUAUCGAUAGCAGGAAUUCUGUCAAUACAAUAUUGUAUUAAUGACAAUGGAGCAUCGUAAUUUCUAUUCUGACAACAAAAUUAUAUAAUUUUUUGAGACAGAAAAAGCAGAAAAUGUUCAUGAAAACAAAUAUCAUGUUAUAUUUUUCACAUGCAUUGUUUUUCUGUUAAUUCUGAUUCACUCAAACAUGUAGAUUACAUAA